AUGUCCUCUUCUUAUAGCUUCAGAACAACAGAAGUUACCAUUGGUAAACGAUCGGAACCAGAUAUUGUCAUUGCAUUCAUUGGUGAAUCUGGUUCUGGCAAGUCUACCUGUAUCAAUUAUUUUGCUAAUUAUUUUACUGGGUCAUCAUUCGAUCGUCGAAAUCACUAUUCCGACAUGAAAAUUGUCAUACCAAACCGUUUGUUUCCUAAACCGAAUUUCACGGCUAAUAGCGAACAACAUACUGAACGUAAUGUGCACGACAAUACGAUGAGCCAGACUCAAGAGUGCAGUGUGUACGAUUUUCAAUACAAAGGGCAAUGCAUCAGAGUUAUUGAUACGCCAGGAUUCAAUGAUACCGAUUCAACUAAAGAUGAUAAAAAUGUUCAAAAAAUUUUAAGACAGAUCGCUCAAUUAUCUUUUAUCACUGCCAUUAUUAUUACCAUCAAUGGUACGAAUAUUCGAUUAUCCACCUCAAUCAAAGCAACUUUGAGCCAACUGCGAGGUUCAUUGCCAGACAGUGUCUUUAAUAAUUUAUUUUUCAUAUUCACAAACUGCACUGAAGAAACACGAAACUUUGAUGUUAGAUUGCUAGUUGAAUUUCAUCCAUCACCAGACCGACUAUUCCACAUGCAAAAUUCGUUGUUCUCUAUUAAAGAUAAGUCCAUUCUGGAAAAUGACCGAUUGGUAGGAAAAAUGGAACAGACAUGGGAAGAUUCAGUGGAGACCAUGGGUGAAAUCAUGGAUAAAAUACGAAGCACAUCAGCUGCAUCAGUGCAGGAGUUUGAAGAAAUGCGCAUUCAACGCGAACGACUCCUUGCACACAAAGAGAACUUAAUUCUGAAACAGAAGUCACUGUUGGAGACUAUGAAACAACUGGACAUCGAAAAAUCUCGUUUGCAGAACGCUUCUAACGAUCGAAAAGAAAACCAAAACUUUUCGGAAAAAAAGGUAAUCAAUGUUAUCGAAAUCGAGAAAAAAACAUAUUAUAGUACGCUUUGCACACAACAUGGUAAAGUACAAGUGUGCCAUGAACGAUGUGGUCUGACAUACGAGCCAACAUUGAACUUAGCUCAUUUCGAAAAAUGUGCUGCUGCAAAUGGAAAAAACUGUCGACACUGUCGAUGUGGGAUGAAUGAACAUUUGCAUUCGUUUGAGAUUCCGGUUACAAAACCAAAAACCAUUAAUGAAAUCAUCCAAAGUAAAAAGGCAGCGUUUGACAAAGCAAACAGAGAUGUACGAGCUAUCAACGAUCACUUGAUGCUGUUAGACUUUACUCGAGAUGCGCUUCAAAAUGAAGUCGAUGCGAUCAAACGAGACUUAGCAGCAACAAUUCGUGAAUUGAAACAGAUAUGUUCAAAUUUCAAUUUUCUUGAAGAAAUGAAGGGUACGAUAGACAAAUUACGAAAGGAAGCAAAAGUGGCAACAGACAUGCGUGCCAAAGACGAGUUUAACAACACAGCCGACGCGAUCGAAAAGCUUUCAGCGGAUUUCACAAGCAAACGUCAUGUCGGAAACAAAUAUGCGUUUCAACACGAUUCAGUUUUUUACAAAAAUGCUUGA